GAAGAAAGGCAGACAGCAGCCUACAUCACUUUUUCCUAAUUGUAUAAAAUCUAUUGAUUAGAAUGUAUUGAUUUUAAUGAUGAAUAACAGUGAGCCAGUGUUAAUAGUGUAUCUUCUUUCAAUAAACCCCUGCUGUGAGCCUUUCAGCAAAGCUUUUGUUUGGUUGUCAUUAUCAUCUGCUAUUUCUCUGCCAGUUGAUCUGUUUGUGAAACAUUUUGUACCCCCAACCCCCAUUUCUAUCAGCUAAUUGGUUUCAGUAAAGUUGUGGACAAGAUCAGAUAUAGGUCUGUUUGUUGACAGGACAGAGACUUUAAGAUCCUCGGGCCCUGCUUCGUAGACAUUUCUGCCCCCUCCCAUGUCUCCCGUCUCCUUUUACAGACUCCCAUUCUCUGCCUGCGCAGCAAGCAUUUUUACUCCCUGUCCUAAGGCUGAAAUGCAACCCUGUAAUGACAAGUCUGGCAAAAAUUGGUGUUUACACUGGGACAACAUCCACCAACUCACUCAUGAAAACAUAUAUUGACGUGACUCCAAAGUGCUUCUGUGAAAAAGGUCCUCCUACACUUCCUGUGCCUCCAUCUGGACAGGCUAUGAGGAAUGUGUUUUUUGGUUUAAAUCCAUUUCCAAGACUCUUUCCCUCUACUGGUACUUUUUUCUAUUAAAAGAUGCAUGGUUUCCCACAGAAAUUUGAAUAUGUCAGUUCAGUCUUUUUGGCAGGCUACCCUCAGUUGAGAUCAUCAAUUUAUACAUCUCACUGCCAUAAUAUGCAGUUUUCUACUUACUGUAAGUGUUUGGAAAUGACUAUCCACUUAAAAGGAAACCCAAGUUAAGCACUGCCCAAACAGCAGAUAACAUGCAUUUUGUACUGUUUGUUAGCUUGUUGAAUCCUUGAUGUAAAAGCAAUGCUGCUUUUAAUAACAUCAAAACAUUGUAUUCACAGUUACAUUUACCAACUACAGCCAAGAAUUUACCAAUGACAAAUAUAGUCUGGUAUGAAUAGCCAAAUGCAGGUAUGAGGUAUGAGAUUUUUGCGUGAAAUCAGGUAUUACAGUUGUAAAACAGAAUGGAGCAAUAACUUUCCUGACAGUGGAAUGAGUAGAUUUUUUUAUUAUUUGCACAAAUAGCCUAAUUAUCAUUCUAUCCUCCCUCUAACUGGGCUAUAGCAAUGAAAAAACCUCACCAAGGAUUAAUCAAAGCUGUCAUCUCAAAACAUUUGAAAAUGUAUCCCUUCCAAGUGUGGCAAAGUGUAAAAGCACUGUGAAACUGCCUCAGUGUAAAAAUAUAAAAGAAAGAGGGGUAUACUCCAACCUUUGAGAAGCUGAUGGUCCUAAAUAUAUUGUGCAAUUCAUAAUUCAAGGUGUCCUACUAAAAAAAAACAAAGCUUAAACAAAUAUGUUCUACUGUGAUCUAUGAUCCUCAGAGAUGAAUGAUAUCAGGGCCUCUGCUUGUUGUCCAAAUAUAAAUAUAACUAAGGCAACUCAACUCUUUUAAUUUAUGACUGUUUUUAACAGCCUCCACUUACAUUAGUCUGAGAUCAAAACUUAAAAGACUAAAUAAUUCAAAUAAACAUAAAAAAUACACUUAUAGCCAAAUUUAUGUUGAUACAAAAGUUUACAGUAAUAAAAAUAUACUUUUUUAAAAUGUACAGUACAAUUUCAGUGGUGAAUUUAGAUUAACCUCUUAUUAGUAUUUUGUUUUAUCUCCUUGCACAUAAUUCAUGUUGUCAGUUACUCUUUAGAUAUGUAAAGGUUCAAAAGGUAAUGAUUUCACUUUAUAAUGGCAAUACUGUCUCUAGGUUAUGAGAAUAAUUUAGUAUUCGUAUUAUUAAAGCUAAAGAAUCAUGCUCUGAUAUUGGCAUAAUAAAUAUUUUUAAAAUGUAGAUGGUAACUUUAUUUAUUUGUAUACUUCCUUUAACUUGUUGAAAACCUAGAACCGGUUUGUAGCUUCAACCUAAAAUGUAAAUGUGAGAAGACUGUGUGGGCAAAGCAAUGUUUCGUUAUUUCAGUAAGGGAGGAUGAGGGACAACACAUUCACACACACUCACAGUCACACACGUCGGUUUUAUGUUUAACGUGUCGUUAACGACAACGACAGAAUGAUUAACUACCAUACGAUGAGUCAACGUAACUGUUAGCUAUUUAUGUUCGAACUCACCGGCUGUCAAAAGGCUGGCUAGCGAGAGAUUGAACCUCACGGCGGUUACAACCAGUGUGUGUGAAAUUAACGUUAACUCAACCGCCUCCUCCUUGCUCAACGGAUUUUUACAACGGCUGUUUUUUGGCUGUUUUUUUACCCACAGUCAUGUGAUUGUAACGUAAAACCCCUAACCGGAAAACACCGACGGACGACCCCUCUCCGCCGCCAACGAAUGCUGCGUUUUUCAAGGAACAGUACAAGCUGCUGCGAGCCCAGAGAGGACGGACGAGUCUCCGGUAACAAACAAACAACGGCGACACGGCAAACUCCGCGGAUUUAAACGGAGCGCAGGUUGAAGAAUGGAGUUGGCCAACCAUGGUCUUAUCCUGCUGCAGCAGCUUAACGCUCAGAGGGAGUUUGGCUUCCUGUGCGACUGCACUGUGGCUAUCGGAGAUGUCUUCUUCAAAGCCCACAAGGCCGUCCUCGCCGCCUUCUCCAACUACUUUAGAAUGCUCUUCAUUCACCAGGACAGUGACUGUGUGCGUCUGAAGGCCGCUGACAUACAGCCAGAUAUCUUCAGCUACCUCCUCAACCUGAUGUACACAGGCAAGCUUGCACCCCAGUUGAUAGACCCUGCACGGCUGGAGCAGGGGGUCAGAUUCCUGCAUGCCUAUCCGCUCUUGCAGGAAGCCAGCCAGUCGGUGUACUCGCACCCUGAGCACAGCAUCAACCUCUCGACCUCCCUCUACGGCAUCCAGAUCUCUGACCAACAAGUGGCAAUGUCAGCUAGAUUAGCCGCUCGACGGCAGCUCUCCUCACCCUUCGACAUGGAGCAACUCAGCUCAGAGGGAAAGUGUCCAUCCACACCAGCUGCCGCAGUUGCGUACACAGAUUCCUUACCGUUCAAAUUGGCUUCCUCACCUCCAGACAUGGAGGCCUCAACUAGCGGCACAAAGCCUACAGUUGAGGAAGGGGGAACGGACCUGCUAACUGCGGAUGGUGCCGCAGCCAAUGCCAUCCUCCAUGUGAAGCCCAGCAUCAUGAAGAGAAGUUCCUCCUUUAGGAAGCAUUACUCCUGUCAUCUGUGCAGGAGUCGAUUCACCCAGAGAAGCCUUCUGAGAGAGCACCUCCUCCAGCACACCCAGGCUCUGCAGCAGACCCCGUCGGAGUCCAGCAAUGCACUCUCACCUGUAAUGACUGGAGAACAUAGCAUGCUAGAGAUGGAGGGAAUCCUUAAGGGAAACAAGGCCGCCGCAAAUGCCUCAGGUGCCGCUGCGGCAGUCGAGGUAAUCAGUGAUAGCGAGCAAACACCUGUUUCAGGUACCAACUCGGACUCUCCCCGAGCAGAGGUGUCCACGUCCAGUUGGGGGUUUGGGGGAAUAAAUUCUCAGGCAGACACACCGCCUCCGUCGGACAUUGCGGACAUCGACAACCUGGAGAAUGCUGACUUGGACCGUGAAGUGAAGCGGCGGAAGUACGAGUGCUCCACCUGCGGGCGCAAGUUCAUUCAGAAGAGCCAUUGGCGUGAACACAUGUACAUCCACACAGGCAAGCCCUUCAAAUGCAGUGCUUGUGGCAAGAGCUUUUGCCGUGCCAACCAGGCGGCCCGCCACGUGUGCCUGAACCAGGGGGCUGACGCCUACACCAUGGUGGACCGACAAAGCAUGGAGCUUUGCACUGCGGGGGAUGACAGCAGCCAGAUGGAGGCAAUGUUCUUGGGCUCUUCGAAGCCUUACAAAUGUAACAUUUGUGCAACAACCUUCUCCAGUCCCAAUGAGGUGAUCAAACACCUAUGCUUCACCCAAGGGGGAUUAGUGGGGCAGCAGGGAAACACGGGGGCAGGCAUGCUGCUCCAGCGUGAAGAGUUUUCUAAAGACGAAGGCUCUGAUUUGUCCAACUCUGCCACCCCACUUGAACCCAUAAAGACUGAAGAGAUCCUCGUAGAGUAGUGCCAAAACUGUGUAUUUGUCAUUUUUUAACACGUUUAUUUUCUAAAUUAUGGUUAAUAGGUAAUCUAAAAGAGAAGUUAGUCAGGGUGUGUAUGUUGGAGGUUCCUCAUCUACUUAAAACUUAUUUUUUGUGUGUAUGUGUGUGUGUGGGUGGGAGGUUGUCAGGCUUUUUGGGGGUGUACAGCAAGUAACAUAACCAUUUGGCUCAAGGCUAAGUUAAAUACCAAUGAGGGAGGGAAAAUAACUACUACCUUGUUUCAUCUCAUCAUUUUACUGUUUGGUGUACGUUGGCGUUGGAUUCUCACGUCGGGCUCUACCAGCUUGGUUUUUCUGAAGAGCAAUCGUUGUGGCGAGGCUGCACAGGGCUGACUUUCAGUUAAGAAGGAAGAGGAAGCACAGUAGACGGUUCCGGAGGAGACAGCAUGAGCACAUCGAGAGAUAACUUAGCUGUGCUAGGUUUGAAAAGGAGUAGAGGUGCAAACUGCUUACAUUCAUUCCCUCUGGAAGUAAUGUUUCUUCAUGGUCAUAAAUGAAAGGCUGGUCUGCAGAUCAGGUAUAGAAUCAUAAUUCCAGCUAAACCACACAAUAUAUUCAGACCUGAGACAAUCUGUGCUCUUUUUGAGUUGAUGUCCAAUAUGCAGGAAAGUACAUGUCUUCCAUUUGCAUUUAGGCUCAACAGAAUGAAUACAUUGUAAUGUAAUUUAAUGACCAUUAGUUGCAUCUUUCUCAGUAAACAUUUAGUUGUUAUACUCUGUUUUUGUCAACUGUGCUAAGUGUGAUUAUGGUUCUUGUCUCAUUACACCAUAUUAAUUACUGUUCAUAAUAUGCAUUUGGUCACUGAAAAUUGGUUACAGUGAGCAACAGUGGUCAUUGUCAUGUUUACAGUGGUGCCAUUUUGUUUUUUUGUUUUUUUAAAAAUGUCUCUUAUUUACUUGUUAUGUUGUGUAUGUAUGUCUUUGGUUACUGAUUUAAGAAGCUACAUGUUCCAUCCAUACGCACAUACCUUGAUGGGAGGCUGUCCUGUACAAUAUUGUACAUCUUUAUAUGAUUAGCUUGAAUCUACUCCUAAAAGCCCUUAAUUUUUUGUUUGACUUUCUUUUCUAAUUUUAAAUACAAUGCUAUAUUUGCAAAGAUUACAUUAUAUUGCAGAGGUGUGUGUACAUAAGUAGAUAAAUAGCUUUCAGAAUAGGAAUAAAUUUGGUUUAGCAAAAGUUUAUGUAUUAGGGAUGGGCAUGAUAAUUGAUCUUUUAAUCUCUUCAACAUAUAAGUAAAAAUCUGAGCUUAAAUAAAGUUUAACUUUUUAAAAUAAACCUGCUUCACUAUGAUUAAAAAGAUUAUUUAGGAUCUUCAGUUUAUCUUACCCUCAACAAAAUUUAUACUAAAUACUAACUUGCUAAUUUUAUGGAAAGGGAAACAUGUAUUUUUAAAGGCUCUCUGACAUUUAUAUUUGUUCUUUAACUUUGUCCAAACUGUACAAAAUAACAGCAGUUGCUACUGUGAUUAUAUAAAUGAAAACAUUGUGGAAGAAGAAGUUUAGAGUAGUAGAAUUUAACCUGUCAGUGUUGACGUCGUGUAAACUCAGACAGGGAUGCCAGUGUGAUAAGGGAGAGUUAGCUUUAAUAAGACACAGUUUGCAAGAUGUAUAAAGUGACAGGGUGUUAACUCUAUGUAUCAGACUACCUGGAUUCAUAAUACAUACAGUAUGUUAUGGGAAUAUGAAAGAUAUUAUUUAAUUUACAAUUUGCAAAACUUUUAGAGAACAGAAAUACUACUUAGGACUGGAAAGUAUGACAAAUCUUCACAUGCAUGUCAAGUGAAAGUGAAACAAGGGAAGUGAUGUGUAGGUUUGCUAUCCUGAAACAUGUCAAGUGUAACAACAGUGUAAGUAAUAUAAUACAAGUUGUUCAUACAAAAAAAAUGUCAGUAAGGCUGUUUUCAGGCCAAGACUGGCUGGUUUAUGCCAAUUUGAAAAAUAUCAGUUAACAUUACUGUCUUGAUUUCUCUACAAAUCUGAACUUAAUUUAAGGUUUUUUACAUAUUUGAAUGUUGAGAUGAACUUGUAAGUAAAAAGAUUAGCUGACAUUUCCCUGCAAGUGUAUGUGUAUGCGUGUGUGUGUUCAGCCUAUGAAAUAAUUGUAAAAGUUAUACAGGGAAGGACUCCUGUAAAACUCUUGAUAUUGUUUUUGUUCCCUCCAGUGGGCAAUAAAUUCUACAUUGCAUUGUUAUUGAUUGAUACAACAUUGCCUUUCAAUCGUUUUAAUUUUUUAACCAUUUAGUGAAAAUGCCCAUCCCGAGUAUGUUUGAUGUACAGUUUUUUUUUAGCUGAUUUCACCCAAGCAAUUUUUUCUUCAUUAAGCACAGGCUCAUGACAGUGAGGAUGAAGUCCAGAUCCAAUUUGGUUUAAGUGGAAUUUCUGUACUUAAAAAACCUGCAAUGAGAAAUUUUGGAAAGCAGUGGUCGCUUCCUUGCGAUUAGCCCAGUGUUUGGCUAGAUGGAGCUGUUUUUCUUUACUGUCUACUCAGGUCUAGUGAAGGGGGAAGCUAUCAAAAUGGAACCAUGAUAUUUUUACUCAUGUGGUUGUGUCCUUGCCUCUUAAAUGUCCAGCUUUGCCUGCCAUGAAUCAAAUUUCCAUUUCACUUCAGAUAAAAAAAAAAAAAAACAUCAAUGUGAGUGUUUAGUAUUGAGUAACGGGGAAGUUCUUGUUUGUCUCUUGACUCAAACCUGUAUUGUUGAGACAACUGAAAUGCUGUACUACUGACAUUUAUUUGCGCAAUUAAGCUCAGUUGAUACACAGACAUAUGCACAGUUCCGUGGAAAAUGUAAAUCCUUCAGUUCAAGUUGUAGUUGUUCCUUAACCACACCAGUCUUGUAAUUUAAUGGUUGUGUAUGUGUGAGUGUUUUAAAACAUCUCAGUAUCUCAGGAAGAUGAGAAGUUUGGCGUUGUCUUGUCUGUCCAAUGUUGUUUAUCAAAACAUAAAUUUCAGGACUAGUGACGACCCCCCAUCCCAUGAUACUUGUGCUCACAAUGUUACCCCAACCCCCCCCCCACCCAUGCCCAUCUGACAUCUACUGUGAUCAAUCUGUGUUCUCAGGAAUGUGAGUAAUUUUCUGUAUAAACAACUUUGAUUUUUUUUUAAUUUAGAAUGAAC